GUUCCACAACUAAUUACUAAAAACGGCCAUCUCUAACAAGCACAUUUCGCGAAAUUAAAUUCCAUAAUAUAUUGUGAUUUCAAAACCUUUUCGGGAAAAUGUACGAACUGAAGACCCUGCUGCCGCAAUUUGACAUCAAACUGCCCACCUGCAUGUAUCCUUUGAAGAAUGUGAGCCUGGCGGCGGAUGCUUUGGCCAGCGGCACCUCCACAUCAAUUUCCGCGUCCACAUCAUCAUGCAAAUUGGAGGCCAAUGGGAUCAGCAAGACAAGCCGAAACGCAGCCACAUGUGCACUUGAUUUGGACACUUUAGGCCGACAAAUACAGCAACUGCUAAAGGACGACACAGCAUCGGUGGCUGCCCGCCAGGAAAAGGUUCUAAAACAGCUGGAAGACCUAAAGGCGCAACUGGGUCAGAUCCGAGCCGGUCUCGGCGUUUGUGGCAAGACUUUCCAGCACACGACUGCCUUCCAGAAUGGUGGGUUAAAGGAGGUGCCCCUGCAGGAUGUUGUCAUCAAUGGACACCCCAAUUUCAUACCAUAUGCCCUGUUGGCCUUGAAAAAUGCCUGGCGGGAUCUGUACACGAUUGAUGUUAAGACCUUCACGCACUCCACGAUGGCUGAUAUUGGACCAGCAGCCAAGGAAUUUGAGGCUAACUUGGCCAAGGUUCCAGUUAACCCAGCUCUGCCCAAGAUCAGUGUGACACUUAUCUGGAAGAAUUGCGAACACACCGAGAUGAUCAGCUCACCCACCAUGUACGUGCCCAUCUACGGCGAGGUCAAUAUCAUCCGUUACUUGGGACGUGUGGGUCCAGCCGAAUAUCGUUAUGAGGGCUCUCCCCUUUGCAAUGAGAUCGAUCUCGUCCUGGACAUUUGCUAUCAGCUGUUGCGCUGCAACACGCACAAAACGCAGGUGGCAAUGGUGCGACUGCUGGACAAGCGGCUGCAGCAACAGCAGUAUUUCGGCGGCAACCAGAUGUCGGUGGCCGAUAUCGGUGUCUAUAGCUCGCUGAUACGAAUGCCCGCCAUUACUGAUAAGGAUCUGACACCGGCGCUUUUGGCCUGGCGAAAACGAGCAAAGCUCGUGGCUCAAAUUUAAAAAAUUCAAACGAAAAGUCGAACAAAUAAAUUAAACACAAAAUAAAUAAA